GGCAUCAUAUCACCUGGGGAUUCUUCCCAUCACCGCGGCGUUCCAACCUUGGCGACCUCAUCACUGCCACCCAGCUCCACCAUGACCACCACAGGCGGUGGCGUCAAACGUUGGACCAGUUGCUGAAGACCAAGCAGACUGAGGGGUCGCACAAACUGGCCUCGUUUUGCCAGGUGGUGCAGGCUGGCAACAUGCAUCCACAGUCUGAUGUUCUCCUAAUCAUGGGCGUGUGGAAUUCGGCAGCCUUCCGCGCCACCAACGGCAUUAUCUUAUCAGAUCUGCAGACCAUCUCUGGAUGCGCAUGCGUUGGCAGAUCCAGCGGCGUUUUUCAAUACAAUGCUGGGCGAACGCACAAUAUCCCCACAAAAAUGUCGCCAGAUCCUGUUGCCAGAGAUGUUGAACCCGACCAGUGAAUCAAUUGACCCAAGAUGGUGUACUUGCUUGAAGACGGUGAGUCCAUGUACGUGUGGAUUGGCACUGGACACCCCAGGCACCUGAUGUGUGAUUGGAACAUGUGAUGAUCCGUUGUCAGAGAAGCUGAGCAACAUUAUCAGGCAAAUGCGGCAAGGUGAGCAACCCCUUCCUGCAGAUUCAGUUGUCAUCCCCUUGGCCGAAUUGGACUCCAUGUCUUGGGAUAUCUUGAAACGUGUUGGAACUGUUAUUAACGACUGAAGAUCACCAGAGUGGUGGAGUUGGGUGUGGUGGAGUUGGGUGAAUCUGACAGAAGUUCUUCCUGCGCGAGCCGGCUAUCAUUUGCGUUUGUGGCCGUAGUGGCAAACGGCGCAGUCGUUACAUGGGGUGAAUCAGAUUCCCAUGGUGACUCUUCUCAGGUCCAGGAGCAGUUCUUGAGCCUUUAGCAACGUUUCACAGUCUCAAAUCGGCUCCCCGC